AUGGCUCUCUAUUAUCUAUUUGAGACUGCAGCAGGCUAUUCUCUAUUUUCAGGUGAAGCCAUUGAAGAAAUCGGAGGAGUUCUAUCAUCAAUCCAACAGUCAAUCAAAGAUUUCAAGAGAUUCAAGAAGAUGGUGAAGCUCCAAGCUUAUUAUUAUUUUCAAAAGCAAAUUUGGCACAGAGUCCAUUUAUAUAAAAAUUCAGAAUAUUCUCUAUAAUAAGUUAUAUCAAUUUUCAUCAGCCGACCAAGCACAAGAAAACAUUCAAGCCAUCGCAAACGGGCUUUGUCCAAAGGAUCUCGCUGAAUUCCUUGAAACAAAUCUCCCUAGCGUCACCAAGUCUAAAUGCAAACUUGCAGUCGAAGACGCACGCCUUCCAGCUUCCAUCAACGAAUUCUACCCAAAGCUGACCUGUGUUAAAAACGAAAUGAGCCAAGAAGUUUUCAGAGGAAUCCGCCUGCACUUCGACAACCUCGUCAAAGGUCUCAGCACCCACGACCUCGGCAAGGCCCAGCUUGGUCUUGCCCACGCCUACUCUCGAUCUAAGGUCCAACAAGACAUCAAGCGCUACGACAAGCACAUCAUCCACGCCAUCUCCCUCAUUGACCAACUUGACAAAGACAUCAACACCUUCGCAAUGAGGCUCAAGGAGUGGUUUUCCUGGCACUUCCCUGAGCUUUAUCCAAUAAUUCCUGAAAAUCUUACCUUUGCCAGAGCUGUCAAGCUGAUCAAAAAUAAGUCACUUUUAGAUGAAGAGUCAGUAGAAGGACUAGCUGAGGUGGUAGGAAGUGAGGACGUGGCGACAGAAAUUGUGAACGCGUCCAAGAUCUCCAUGGGAGGCGAUAUGACUGAUUUGGAUUCUGACCAGAUUAAUGCUUUUUGUGACAAAGUUAUUAGUUUAGGAGAGUUCAGAUUGAGACUGGUAGAAUAUUUGAAGCUGAGGAUGUCACAUAUUGCACCUAAUUUAUCAGCACUUAUAGGGGAAACUGUAGGGGCAAGACUAAUUUCACAGGCUGGUGGGCUCAGCAAUUUGGCUAAAUAUCCAGCUUCUACUGUACAGAUUUUGGGAGCAGAAAAAGCGCUGUUUAGAGCACUGAAAACGAGAGGAAACACACCAAAAUAUGGGAUUCUUUAUCACUCUUCGUUUAUAGGGAGAGCUGGCGCUACAGAUAAAGGGAAAAUCUCGAGGUUUUUGGCAAAUAAAUGCUCACUGGCAAGCAGAAUUGAUUGUUUCUACCCAGGAUCUACUAGUGCAUUUGGAGAAAGGAUGAAUGAACAGGUAGAAGAAAGGCUGAAGUACUUUGUGACUGGAGAAAGAGGAGCGCCUAAUGAAGAUGUGAUGCAUGAGGUCAUUGUAAAGCUUGAAAAAGAAACAAAAGAAACGGAAGAGACUGAAGAAGCCCCAAAGAAGAAAAGAAAAGUGGUUGAAAAGGAAGAAGAAGAAGAUUCUGAAGGAGAAAUUCCAGUCAAAAAGGGCAAAAAGGUCGCAGAAGAACAAAAGAAAAAAGCUAAAAAAGUUAUUGAAGAGUCUGAAAGUGAAGAAGAAAAACCUAACUCACUUAUUUGAAGGAAAGAAUAAACUAUUGGAUAUCCUACUUUUGCAGAAUUAACCUCCUAUGUGAAUGAGUAGCAUAUUGUAUAUAAAAAUGUUUCUAUAUAUAAACAAAUUUUAUAAGAAAAUAUCCAGGUAAUUCUAUUAAAUUUUAGAUACCUUGAAUUAACCCAUAAAUUUUGUAAAUUCAAUUAAAAUAAUUAAUAUACAUUCCUAUAUAUAAAAUUUCAAAAAAUGAUUUAUUCAUUGCUCAGGGUUAAGAGAAAAAAGCUAAAAAAGUAAAAGUUGUAGAAGAGUCCAGCGAAGAAGAGGAAAAGCCUAACUCCCCUCCUCCGUACAUAAUUUAAAAAAAUCCGAAUUCGAAAUAAUUUAAAGCAAAUAUUAAUUUAAUUUGUAAAAUUUAUGUUGAAAAUGCAAGCUGUUUUUAAAAUAAAGCAGAAUUAACUAGAGAUUUCAUUAUACUAAUUUCAUUUAUAUUUAAAAAAAUUUUUGCUCACUAACAGAAGGUCUUUUUUGGUAAAAAAUAGGUGUGUUUUUUCCACUGAUUUUUUUUCACUCAUGGAGGGAGGGUAAGAAGAAAAGCAAGAAAUCAAAAGAAAAAUCAGACGAAGAAAGCGAAGAAGACACUAAAAAGAAAAAGAAAGGCAAAAAAGACAUCAAAAAGCGAAAAUCUUCUGAAUAA